GGGAAGUGCACAGAGGCUGUUAGUCCUCAAAUUAUCAAAAAUGACACCUGUAUGGCAAAUUUGUUUCUGGGCAGAUUGGUAAAAGCUGCACAAUCUUGUAAUAUUGAUGUGAUUUUGGGAGAGAUACAGGAUGGGGUGUCUAUGAUAAACGGCUAUGUUUUAAUGCAAAAUUUCACAGGAAACAUUUCAAUGAUUUGUGAGGACGAAGCAGAAUUUAGGCAAUUAUGUGUCACUCCAUCAUGUAUUGUCCAAUUACCCUGUCGGUGUCAUUUAAGAUCAGAAAAUCAAAUAGUUCAUUAUGCCCCAGGAAGUUGUCCAGAGCAGAAAAUUAUUAAUCCUGAGGUAAAAAAUGUAGCAUUUUUAGCGAAAUUUCAUUCAACAUUGAUAGAGUGGAAUUUUGGAGAUUCUGACAUUGAAAAAUUUGCAUACCCUCCUUUGCCCUCAAUUCCAAAAUUGAUUGACCCAAGCAAGAAGGACAAACAAUAUAAGUUAGGUUUAAAUGAUGUUAUUGCAGAUCUGAAAAAUCAAAACUCGUGGUAUUCCAUAUCUGAACCCCCAUCUGACCUUGAAGUGCUUAAUUCCUCUUGGGUUCAAAUCUUACAAUUUGUCAUUGCGGCCAUACUAUUAAUAGCAUUAAUUGGAUUGACUAUUUAUUUGUGGAAGCAACGGAAAGUGCUUUUGAAAUUGGGGUCUGCCUUUAUUUCAAGGAAUUUUCGUCCUAAGCCCACGAAUGAGAAUGAAAUUGUGUGAGCAGUAAGACUUAUGCAACUAUAAUGGGACCUCAGUUAAUAUGAUUGAGCAUUCAUUCGGAUUUUUAUAUGUAUAUUUCUCUAUAAUUGCAUACGCUCUAUACUGCGUCUAUAUUAACCUUAUGAUAAUCUAUUAUAAUGUACAUAAUAUGAUAUAAUUAUAAUCCAUAUUAUAUAUAAUCCUUUGUUAUUUUAUUUAUUCAGUAUAUUUUAGGAACCACUUGAUGGUGAAAAGAGGCCUUAAAGGUACCUGGGCCCAGGAAAGGACUUGGAAAAUAAGGAUUAUAUUGUCAAAGGACAUGUAGUAAACCAAGACAAUAAUUGGAUAAUUUUAUUCAUGAUUUAUUGGUGACUCUUAAAGGAAUAAGAUUAUGUAAAUUUGGUAUGAAGAUAUUAUAAAUCAACAUAUGUAGGCUAAUGAUUACUGAUUUAUACCAAGUAAUGGUAAAUAUGUAAGAAAUGAAACCUUGUAUUGUGUCAUGGUAAGAUAAAGUGUUAAUUUGACACUGAUAAAAUACCAUUGACAUUGACAUUGAGCAAUGCUGACAAUCUUUUGCUUUAGCUAAGGUUAAAGUAAAUAUAAGGAGACAUGUUUGCUUCAAGUUAUAAAUAAAGAGUGAGGGGAUUGAUGAUUCAAUUGUCAACAUUGCUCAAGGUCUUAAUAAAAUGUUCAGUGGAGACAGCUGUGGAUUUUUUUUGUGACAA